UUUCAGUAGUAACCAGGAACAAAAGUCUGCUUCUUUCCUGCCCUGAUUCUCAUUCACUUUACGAUCUAGAUCGACCCACAGCACAAAAGAAGCGGCGGUUUAGUCAUCCGCCUUUGGCUCAUCUCCAACUCCUCAACAUACUUUUGCCAUAUUGAAUAAACCAAGUCUCAUAAACCGUCAUUCUUUCUGGUGGAGCUGAAUUUCUAAGACAAACGCACGCACCAUGACGAUCCUCGACAAAAUGGGCCCAGCGGCCACAGACGAGAUCUUCGACCUCAACCGUGAAUUCUUCAACGACACCUACCCCGAGAAGGCCAGUCUGGGCGUGGGCGUCUUCCGCACAAACGAAGGUAAGCCAUGGCCUCUCCCCGUAGUGCGCGAAGCCGAGCAGCGCCUCUUUGACGAGCAAAGCCUCUUCCGGCACGAGUACACGGCCAUCGAAGGCGACAUGGCCUUCGUCCGUCUCGCGCGGGACGUCCUGUUCAACUUCCACGGCAAAGAGGAGUCGGAUGCGCAGAAGGCGGAUAAAGAGCGGAUCGCGUCUGUGCAGACUGUCGCGGGGACGGGCGCUAACCAUCUCGGUGCGAUAUUUCUCGCGCGCAAUAUGAAGCCGAGUAAGGUGUGGUUGUCGGAUCCGUCGUGGGCGAACCAUGACACUAUUUGGGAUCAGGCGGGUGUGUCGCGCGCGAAGUACCCAUAUUACAACCCUGCGACGCGCCUGUUUGAUUUUGAGGGUAUGAUGGCCGUGCUGGAGAAGGAGGGGCAGGAGGGCGAUGUUAUCCUUUUGCAUGCGUCUGCGCAUAACCCCACUGGUCUGGAUCCCACCAAGGAGCAGUGGAAGGCCAUCGCGGACCUGUGCGAGCGCAAGAAGAUCUUCCCCUUCUUCGACUCGGCGUACCAGGGUUUUGCAUCUGGUUCGCUCGAGGAGGACUCUUGGGCUGUGCGAUACUUCUUCAACGAGAAGCCGCAUCUGGAGAUGUGCGUUGCGCAGAGUUUCUCCAAGAACUUCGGUCUCUACGGUCAGCGUGUUGGUGCCUUCCACUAUGUCCUCAGCAACACUGAGAAGCAGCUGAACCGCACAGUCGUCGACAACCUGUGCCACUUGAUCCGUGGCGAGUUCUCCAUGGGUCCCUCCGGGGGAUGCAGUAUCGUCAAGAAGGUCCUGACGGACGAGAACUUGACUGCUCAGUGGCACGAGAACAUGAGAGAGAUGGCUUCUCGGAUCCAGUCGAUGCGUCGUGCUCUCUAUGACGAGCUCGUGCGACUUGGAACUCCGGGUACCUGGGAACACAUCGUGCAGCAGAACGGAAUGUUCUCCUACACCGGCCUGACCCCCGAACAAGUCCAAGCCCUGAAGGAGAAGUACCACGUCUACCUGCUUAAGUCCGGCAGAGCUUCCAUCAGUGGCUUGAGCACGAACAAUGUCGCCUACAUCGCCAAGGCUUUUGAUGAUGUUGUCCGGAAUGUGAACUAGACGGUUGACGAUACAUGAUUGGAUAGGGAUAUUGAUGCAUGAUAUGACUUAGAUGGCAUUUAUUUUGGAUACGUUUGUCAACAAUUCAAAGGCCAUGUACAAAGAAAUAGAUGAAUGAUUUAUUUGGUUACUCCAGAC